AUGCUGCAAAUUAUUCUGCUUCUCCUGCCUGGUGUUGUUAGUGAACAGUGGGAGGUGAUUUAUCCUCCUUCGAUCUGUGCUGCGAGGGGAUCCAAUGUCACCGUUAACUGUAGAUUUAUUUAUCCACAUGGAAAUAACGUAACACAAGUGCUAUGGUGUUCAAUGAGAUCAAACAGUGGCAAAUGUCAUUAUCAGCCAUAUGUUUAUGAUAGUGAAGCAAACGAUAAUCAAAACAACUUUCAGUACAUUGGAGACAAAACCUCAGAUUGUUCUUAUUUGAUCAGUAAUAUUAAUCAAUCACAUUCUGGAGAGUAUAAAUUCAGAUUUAUAACCGAUAAGGAAGAUGGACGUUGGACAGGUGAUCCUGGAGCAAGUAUUUCAGUACACGAUUUAAGAGUGUCUAUGUGGAGGUCAAGAGAAAAUGGAAGCACAAUACCUGGAGACUCUUUGAAUUUGACAUGCACACUCAACUGUUCUGGUAAUUUAGCUGAGGUUCAGUGGUUUAAGAAUGGUGAUCCGAUUCAACAGUCAGAGCCCGUCCUCACUUUCAGCAGAAUAACUGCUAAAGACUCUGGGAAUUACUCUUGUUCUUUGAAAAACUUUAAAACAACUUUGUCUGAAGAAUUUACUAUUUACAUUGAAGAUGUCGCUGGGUUCCCAACAGUUCUGAUUAUUGUGGUGUCCUUAUUCUCACUUGUUUUCAUCACUGCAGCUGUGAUGCUUAUAAGAAGAAGGAAAGCAAAAACUCAAAGAAAACCAACAGAAGAAAGAGAAGAAGCCCAGGAUUCUCUUUACAGCACCCCUCAAAAAACUGCUUACACAAACCUGCCGGAAACCAAGGCUGAACAGCAGGAAGAUGAAGUAGAAUAUUCAUCUGUCAACAUUAAACCCAAAGAAAACGCUUCAGAUGUGAGCAUUCAAUAUACCUAUAACUGUGGUCAAAUGUCUGCAUACACAGAGAAGCAGGAUGAAUCAACCAUCUACAGCACAGUGAUGAACGGUUAA